GAAGUGUGCAUCGUUCGUACGCAGAAUCUGUAUCUGAAGAUGUUUCGGGAGUUUUACCCCUAGGAUAGAUUCCUGUAUUUUACGUCGUCGUGUUGACAAAAUAAGGACGACAACGUCGAGUGAGACAAUAGCGAAACGUAAAUAUUCGUACGGCUCCUUGGCAUCGUAUGAUCGGUUUUUGGCGACGGUGAACCGUUAUCUUUCCUUUCCCUUCUUCGUCCUGCAGCGCUCGUAAUCUUCUUCUUAGCCGUGUAGUUUUUCGCCGUCAGCAUCGUCUAUUUCCGGUGAAUGUUUGUCCGUUUGAGUUUUUUUUUUCGUUUCGAGGCUUAGUGUUCUGUUGUCGUGUCCUCCAGUGGAUUUGAUAGAGUCCUGUUUGAGUUAUUUUUGAUAUUUUUGCGUUUUACCGUGUUGUUUUUUUUCCCGGGAUAUUAUACAUGGCAAAAAGGAUCUAAUGCAAAGUGAAAUUUGUUGGAAUGAAAAUAUGAGAUGAAAAUUAAGAAAGGACGACUGUAGCGGCUAUAGUUCAACGUUGUCGGAAUUCAUGAAAAAUAUCAUACAAUCCUGAACGGUUUUAUGUGCUCCACCAGCAACAGUGGAAGGAGAGUACGGAAGGAGUGGAGGCGAGCAUCGGAGCUUAUAAGAUUUAGUCGUAUAAUGACACAGUAAGGGGUGGAUUUGCUCGCGUCGACCACCCACCGCCGCCCACUCCCGCGGCUUCUGCGACAUUCAGUGCGUUGUCUAUUGUCAGCGAUAAGCACCGAUAAGUGGUUGUACAACCAAAUUGGACUUGCCGAAGCAUCGACGCCAACGACAAAGAUAACGCCAACAACAACGACACAUACACCAAUUGGUCCAUCAACGUCUCUGCACAGAAGGGGUGGACAUUUAUACGAACCCUUGAAUUGUUGUUGUUAUUAUCCUCUUUGAUUUUGACAAACACUCGUUGGAAUUAUACUUUCAUCGUUCAGUUUAUUCGUUUGUUUGUUUAUUUUUUUUUAUGCUUUGUUUUCUGUUUGUUCGAAAUCCUGUUGCAUUUUUAUUGCCGUAAUUUCGGGAAUUAUUGUGGCUUAACCCAAAAGGACUAUUAAACAUAUUUAAGUGUUGUCUUGCGAGACAUUUGCCAAUGGAUUAACGUGUGACACUGAAAAGUGCGGAUCAUUUGUUUACGAUAAGACAUCAACAUUUAACUGACACGAGUAGGCACAGGAUAAGACGAUAAUCCAGGCUGUUCAAGGAUUCAUGCUGAAAAAAUGACGAAGUUGUUUAUGUACAUUUUAGUGUAACAUGUUCGCAGAUUUUGUACAAAAUGUUCGGCUUUAGUGUUUAUGGAGUUCAGAGUUGAUGAAAGUCCUUACGCUUGAUUAGUUUCAAUUCAAAGAAUUUAGUAAAGCAUUACAAAGGAAGAGUUUUGAGGAUUGUACAGAAAGGUACAAUCGCGGUGAUAUAUUUAAAUGACGAUGGCUGCAUACGCACAGUUUGGUUAUGGCUAUCCGACGGCAAGUCAGUUGCUGGUCGGUGGAGGCGGGCAAACAACAACAACCGCCGCGAGUGCACAAUCACCGAUAUCAGGUGCUAAUGCACCAUCUUUAAGUCCCUCAGGUGGGUCGGCGACUGGAGCUCCGACCGGUGCUUUAAGUCCUGGCGCAAUGUCGCAAACAUCGAAUGCACCCGCGACAGGAUCAUGUUGUGAAAAUGGUCGACCAAUUAUGACGGAUCCUGUAUCAGGACAAACUGUCUGUUCGUGUCAAUAUGAUUCGGCACGAUUAGCCCUAUCGGGAUAUUCAAGGAUACCUACGGCCGGAGUUGGAGUUUAUGGAACACCAUAUCCGUCAACGGAUCAAAAUCCAUAUCCGAGUAUUGGAGUUGAUAGUUCAGCGUUUUAUUCACCACUUAGUAAUCCCUAUGGUUUAAAAGAAAGUGGACCAACGACGGACAUGAGUGCGUGGACGUCAGCUGGGCUCCAGCCAACAACAGGAUACUAUCCCUAUGAUCCCACAUUAGCGGCUUAUGGAUAUGGCGCCGGAUAUGAUUUGGCCGCUCGCCGUAAGAACGCCACCCGAGAAUCGACGGCAACGCUCAAAGCGUGGCUCAAUGAGCACAAGAAGAACCCUUAUCCGACAAAGGGUGAAAAAAUCAUGUUGGCUAUUAUUACGAAAAUGACAUUGACACAAGUAUCCACGUGGUUUGCAAAUGCACGCCGAAGACUGAAAAAGGAAAAUAAAAUGACGUGGGAGCCGAAAAAUAAAACGGACGAUGAUGAUGAUGCAAUGGUUUCAGACGAUGAAAAAGAUAAAGAUGAUAUGGAUGCAGAUAAGAAUCGUGAUCAUAAAGAUCCCCUACAUCACGUUAAAUCCGAACAUGAUAAAGAUGACGAUGAUGACGAUCUAACCGACGAUGAUCGAAAACCUGAAACUUUAGGAUUAAUGACGGGACAUGGUCAUUCCAUGUCCCAUCACCCACAUUCACAUCAUCCAGCAUAUCAACAUCAUCAGCAUCACAGUAUGCUUGGCGGUUAUCCAGGUAUCAAAGAGGAAAUCAGUGGCGGUCCAAAAAACCAGACAAGCAGCGACUGUGGUGUCCCGAUUCCAGCAACAAAACCGAAAAUCUGGAGUCUGGCAGACACAGCCGCUUGCAAAACCCCACCACCCUCAGUAGCUGGACAUCAUCAUCACCUUCUGGGUCAUCAUCAUCAAUCUCAACAACAACAGCAACAACAUCAAUUACACCAAUUGCAACAGGCCUCUCUGCAUCACAACAACAACAACAACAAUCAAGCGCAACAUCAAGGCUGGAUGGGAAACUAUCCGCAGUCCCAUCAGCAGCAACAGCAGAUUCAUCAACAACAGCACAAUACCAACAACCACAGCAACAAUGGUGGAAACGGUACCACAGUCGGCAUGAUGAAUAUGUCCGGCCAUAUGAAUAUGGGGGCUGGUAUGACUCACCAACAGCAACAACACCUCACCAACAACAGCAACAAUCAGCAAACCCUAUCGCCGAAUCACCAGCAACAGCAGCAACAUCAUCGUCAGCAGCAGCUCACCAACAACAACCCCAACAGCAACACUCAUCAAAUGAAUAUGAUGAACACCUUCGGAAAUUCACAAUAUUCCCGUUACGGGGGGUUUCUAGGGGGAGCUACCAACACCAACAAUUCUAUCCCCACCACGGCUCAUCAAAUGUAUCAUUCGAACAAUAUGAUCGGUUCCACCACCACCACCAGCCCCACCAGCAAUCCAAAUACGCCUAUCACCCCUACUACAACUAUUCACCAACAACAUCAACAACACCAACAAACGACUCACCAACAGCAACACCAACAUCAGCAACCGCAGCAGCCGAUGGGGUUUCCCGAGGUCCAAACCGAUACACCACCUCAGACCCCUCCGAAUUUGAAGCUGCCGAGCGUGGCGGGGAGUCUGCUUACCGGUUCAACAACCCCUACGACCGGUACCUGCUAUAAUACCAACACCAAUAACGGGACAAGCAAUAACAAUAACAACAAUAGUAGCAUCAAUAACAAUAACUCUAGCAAUUUAGCCAAUAAUAACAACGCGAAUGCGACAAACAAUAAUCUGAGCGGUGGUGGGUACAAUGGUGAAUCCUCCCCAAGUAGCAACGGGAGCUAUGUGGGAAAUUUCACGCGGAUACAGGAUCAACAGUUGUUGGACAGUCCGCAUCAGGACAGCUCAGUAGCGGCCUUUAAACCAUUCUUUAAAAGUCAGCAAAUUAGCAAUGGGUUCGUGUCGCCAGUAUGAGGUUUUGUAGCGUAGCAUUAGUGAGCUGCCAUGCUAGUAUUUUCCCCCGGGGGGUUUUUCACCUGCAUAAGGUUACAUGUAUAAAUGCUGACAACAUAGGCCCGAUUUGCAAUAUGUAGUUUAGCGACAUUUUGCUAAGCAAAACAGAAAAAAUCACUUAACAGAAAUUAUACAAAAAUGUUAAAUGUUAAUUUCAAAGUCGCCCUGCAAAGGAAUGUUUUGUGUAUCAGUAAUCACUUUUAUCUAUUUCCAAUUUUUAAAAGCUUGAACACAUACAAGUCUCACCCAGAUUCGUAAAAUUUCAAUUUGAUACACACCAGAGAAUGUAUACGAGAAAAAUUGUAUAAAAAAAUGAAUGCAAGGAAAAUGUAAAACACAAAAAGCGCAAAAAAAAAUAAUUUACUAUGUAAUUGUAGAAACUUGAACAUUUUUGUAAAUAUAGUUGAAAAAACAAGCAGUUAUCGUAUAUUUCUGUAAAAAAAAGUAUGGAUAGGUAUAGAAAAGUAUCAAAAAUUUAAGAUAAAAAAUUAAAAUUAUUAUCUGCUUUAAACAAAACUUUUCUUAAUCAGAGGAUUCACUAUUUUUAAUUUAGAGUGAUUAAAUGAAAGUACGAAAUAAAAUUCAUAGAAUUGCAUACUUUGUUUUAUAAUUUCUGGAACAAAUCAAUCAACAAAAAUUAUGGAACUAUUGACAGUUUUUUCUAACGACGGCAAUAAAAACAAUCUUUUCUUCAAGAAGAUCUAAAUUAUAUUUCCCUUAGUUCAAUUCUUCAUUGUCAGUAGCACCCUUCUCAGAAAACUCGUUGUCUAGAUAGGAUUUUACCUUCCAGAUUUAUUAAUUCGCUCCCUUCCUUUCCCAUUUGCUUAAAUGAUCACUCCACACGCCACACCAAACAUUGGGACGAGUGCAAGAAAUCUGCAAUCGGUAGAAACUGCCUACCAAGUUUCGUAUUUUUACGGAUAAAGUCUUUACAAUUUUUAUUUAUUAAAAGAUAAAUUGAUUCGCUUUUAUGUUUAAUGUAGUGAAAUAUUGCCUAUUUGUUUAAUGUUGUGAAUUAUCUUUGUUAGCCACGCAUCCGACACUAAGGUAAAUUAACUCCGUGUUGUUUUCUCCUAAUUUUGUACAUCUGAAACAGUGUAAAAAUAAACGGUGCAAUAUCUAUACACAAUUGACAUAUUUUGCGUAUUCUUUAUCGAUGCACUACAAGAAGGAAAGAUCACAUUUAAAUAAAAUAAUUGUACUUAGUAUGGUUAUUACAUAAGCGACACUGAACCAUUGAUAACUGUCUUAUGUAAGAGCAUUUAUAAUCUGUGAUAAAAUACUUUAAAAAGGAAACAAGGAAAAUCAUAAAAUUAAUAUUUUGUAAAAUGAGAGACAAAAUAAAAAAAAACUAAACUAUCACGAGAGAAAAUCAAUGAAAGCGCAAAUAAAAUAAGAUGCGAAUGGGAUCCAUGUGUUUUAAGCAGUAAUUAAAAAUGGAUAGAAUAAAAUCCAAAGUAUUGUUAAGUAGUAAAUGAUAAUGUUACAAAACUUUUGUGUAUACUUUCAAAAUUCACAUCUCCCGUUAUAAGGUGAAAUUAGAUUUCUAAAUUUAAUUUAACGAACGACCACAUCAAAGCUUACUUGUUUAGAUUUAAUGCUUUCCGAUUUGAGUAUCUUGAAGAUAAUAUGGCACCCAUGAUUCGACCGCAGUAGUAACAAUUUCAAAAUCCUUUUAUGCAAGUAUCAAAAAAAUCCCUGUAAAUAUUUUUCUGGCAAGAUAGCUGGCGAGUACUUAAUAUACAUAUAUCAUGUUUGCUCAAGAGAAUUAGAAACAAGUCAUUGUAAAUGUUCUGUUGUUAUAUACCAGGAAAGAACUUCAAAAUCAGUUUUGAAACACUUAAAAAGUACAUUAAAACCAUGUAUCAAGCAAUCUACUUAUAAAAGAGGAAGAAAAAAGAAAGCGAAUUAAUUAUGAAAAGAAAGAUAAGGAAAUGAAGUGUAAAACGAUAUGACCUUUUAUGUUGUUUUUCAUUCUUAUUUUUUUCACUUUGCAUAUAAUCUAAUGAUAAAUUAUUAUCAUAAUAAAAGUAUAGGAAAGAAAUCUAUAUAUAAAGCGUAUAUUUCAUAUAAUAAGAUUAAUUAUAAAAAAUAUUGAAAUUGUAUAAAGGUAAAAAUGUACCGGUAAAUUGAUUUAAGUAAGAGAUAUAUAUAUGUAAAAGUAAAAGAAAAUGCGUAUUCACACACACAAGAUACAAAACUAAU